AUGGCCAGGAAAUCGCAUAGAUCCUCAAGGACUAGUAAGAAACUGCCAGACCAAAAGCAGGAAAUUGCUCAGCUACUAGAUAGAAAAAGGCAGACUCAUAAUGCCAAAGAUGUAGCUGAUACUCACAAUGGCAAAAAAAAGGAUGCGAAAGAACUGGCACUAGAAAAGCAGUUUAGUUCCAUAAUUGAAAAGUUUAAGAUCCCGGAUGCCCGGAAAGGAAGGGGCCAACUGAUAGUGAAGGAGGAAGUAGCCAAGGGCAUUCGAGGGCAUGAAAGAGAUCAUGAUCAUGACCUGUUAAAAGAAGACCCUGAGAAACCGAAGUCCAAGACAAGGGGUCGAAAACAGGAUCAGCCAUCAUUAUCAAGGCUGAAGUGCGAAACCUCAUAUCCACAGAUGGUUGAAUGGUAUGAUUGUGAUGCCAUGUAUCCGCAUCUUCUAGUGUCUAUAAAAACUUCCAAAAAUGUUGUACCAGUACCAGGACAUUGGCAGAUGAAAAGAGAGUACCUUUCUGGGAGAUCAUUACUGGAAAAAAGGCCUUUUGAGCUCCCUGAGAUCAUUAGACAGACAGACAUUGAGCAGAUGAGGAAAACGCUGCCGGAUGGCGAAGACGAUGACUCGACGCUAUCUUCCAAGCAAGUAUCAAGGACUAGAGUUCAACCAAAACUAGGAACUUUGGAUAUCGGUUAUGCUAAACUUCGUGAUGUAUUUUUCAAACUGGGAGCUAAGUGGAAACCAGAUGUACUGCUGCCAUUCGGUGAUCUUUACUAUGAAAACAGGAAUUUACAUGAAGAAUCCGAAUGGCGCAAAUUCGUAAAGGAAAAGGAACCUGGCAAGUUAAGUACUGAACUACGAGAGAUAAUGAAUUUGAAAGAGGGUCAACUACCGCCAUGGUGUAUGAAAAUGAAGAGCCUGGGUAUGCCUCCAGGGUAUCCCACCUUGAAAAUAGCUGGGCUAAAUAUGGGAAUAGAAAAUUUAAGUGGUGACACAUAUGGCCGAUUAGAACGGUUGCACAACAAAAAGAGGGCAGCAAUGUUUGGUGCUAUUAUCUCGUUAGAAGACGAUGCCCAAGAACAGAAAGGAAAGAAGUCAAUAAAAAAGGAAGAACAAAAAUUAAUCGUGCCCGCUGCAAUUGAUUCUAAAUUAGGUCCUCUUGGGGAAAACCUGAAAAUCGAAAUUAAUAGAAGGACGCCAACCAAUCAUGAAUUAUCAGAAACGGCAUCUGAACCUGGUAGGAAUAGCCAGAGAGAGUCCAAGCAGCUGUACACGGUUUUGCCUGAGAGAAAAGCAGAUGAUAUGACUGCAAACACGGGUUCUAAGUCUAUGUAUGAGGUCCUGCCGGCUGGGAAGCACCUUGCUACCAAUACAAACCUGCAAGAUGAAUAUAAAUUGAAAUCCGAUGGUAAUGAGGAUGAGGAAAGUAUAGAUAAAUUUAGAUUUUAA